UUUGCUUGGUGUGCAUGCAUUGACAGGAAUGGUCGCAAAGAAGCUUGGCUUGCUUCUAUUUUUCUAAUAAAUAUUUUUGUUUGUAUAAAAACAAAAGACGAACGAAAAAAGGAAAGCAUUCAACGUCAUUUGCAUUUUAUAAAAAUAAAAUUACAUUUUUAUUUGCACAUGGUAAAUGGUUGUCAUCGAUUUCUUUUAUUGCAAAUUAUUUUCGGGGAGUGAGAGAGUGUGGAGGAAAGAGAAAAAGAGAUAGAGAGAGAGCGGAAAAUAGAGUGUUUAUUAAAUCUUCUUUGUUUUUUCCUUUGGUAAAAUAAAAAAAAACAGGCCGUGAAUAGAGAGAAUUGAAAUAGAGAGAGAGAAAGUGUUGAAUUUCAAUGGAUCUGAAUUCAAUGGAGAGUGAGGAAAAUUCGGUGGACCACGUUGAUGAUGGAAAUUUAUUAGAACCAUUGAGUGAAGUGUCAUUUUCGGAACGUGAAAAAUCAUUUUCAACAACAGUUACAACUGCAAAAGUAAACGCGCCAAAAUCUACAAGCAUCACCACUAAUACAACUACAAAUACCAGCAGCACCAGCACUGCUAAAGAUUCAGAAAUUUCAUUGCCCGACGCUCGCGCAAGAGUAUUGCAUUUACAGCGUGUGCAACGAGGUUGCGGCAGCAGCGGUAGCGAAACAACAAAAAGUUCAAGCGGUACAAAGAAGCGAAACAGCAAAAGCCAUUCGCACGAUAAAGAUAGCAACGAGAAAGAAGAAGAAACAGUUAGUUUGUCACUUGAUUCACUAAUUCGACGUGGCGUCAUGAACGACAUAAAAAAGGCAGCAAAUUUCAAAAGCAAUUUUAAAUUUGGUAAGCCGGAUGACGAUAUUUCAUUGCGUGUAAAUCCUUCAGCUAAUUUAUUUUAUGAACACUCAAAUGAAGCGUAUUCAGAUUCGGAAUCAGACACAUACGAAUCGAGCGGUGAACGAGAUGGCAGCGAUGAGCCCAAAUUUGGUGUAACAAGUAACGGUAAUAUUACGAAUGGCAAUGGAAUGGACAAUGACGAACAUGCGGCAAUUGUGAAACGAAAACGCGGCCGACCACCACUAACCGAAGAAGAAAAAUCGGAACGUGCCGCCCAAAAGGAAGCAUUACGUCUACAAAAUCGCUCGAUGCAAUCACAGGUUGAUGAUUUUUCAAUGGCAAUGGGACACAGUAUUUUCCAUGCUAGUUCGCCGAAAAAACGAGGACGACCGCCCAAAAAUCGGUAUGUAACAUUUCUUAAUUCAACGACACAAAGUGAACAAGAUUCGCACAAUGAAUCAACAUCCCAACUGGAUGAAAGUGCAAAUACAUCGGAAUUUCAGCCAAUAAAGAAAAAACGUGGCCGAAAACCAAAAAGCUAUUAUUUGGAAUUGGCCGCACGAGCAAAUGAAUCGGGUGCAAGCGUUGAUGGCGGUCAAAAUGGUACCGAUGUCAGUAACAUAAGUAACGAACCAUCACCCGCACCAACAUCGGCCCCAAAUGUUCCGAUCGAAUGGAAGAAACGUGGACGCAAGCCCAAAUUUAUGGAAACCUAUUUUGUUAAAUUGGAGCAACAACAGCAACAGCAACAACAACAACAAGAAGAAGAACAAGAUGAUGAACAACAACAACAACAACAACAACAGCAACAACAAGAAGAUCAACAGAGCCCAAGCGUUUCGAAUCAAAUUGUUAAAAAGAAACGUGGACGUAAACCGAAAAGUUACUAUCUGCAACAAAUGAUGGAACAAGCCAAUGAAUCGGCACCAGCCAUUUUGCAAAACACAAGUUAUGAAGACGAAGGUUUGCAAGCGGCCAAACAAACACAGCCAAUGUCUGCGAAUACAUCAAUGGAUUUCAGCAUUUAUGCAAAUAAACGAGGCAGAAAACCAAAAGCAUAUUAUGAGCAUUUAGCAUCUCUUAAACAAGAUCCGGACACAAAUAGUUCGAUUGUAUCGCAAGUUGAAAGCAUUGGAAAUGCUCCGGACACUAGUAUUUUAUCAAAUGAACCACCAGCCAAAAAGAAGCGCGGCCGAAAGCCAAAGAGUUACUACUGGGAUUUACAAUUACAGCAAGCGGCAGAAAACCAAAGCACAUCUAUGUCACAAUCGAAUAUAACCGGUGAUAGUGUGCCCAGUCCGAAUCGAUUGAGCACUGAGUAUGACAGACAAGCUGAAUCUUCUGCCACACAAAGUCUCUUGCCAACAAAACCAUUACCAAAGUCAGCAAUUCGAACAUACAUUCAUCGACCGUACGUACGACGAAUUAUCCCACAGCAGAAGAUUUUCCGACGACCGGGCCACGAUAUACCACUUGUUGGAUUACCGUUCAAAAAGAAGAGAGGUCGAAAACCGAAAAACUACCAACCACAUCUCGAUGAACAAUUGGUUGAAUCAAAUCAAAGUGGACUUAUGGAUACGUCUGAAAGAAAACAGCAGCCGCAAAAUUUACAGGCAUUGCAAGAACGAAAUCGUGUAUUACUCGAUUUAUAUGAGAAGCGUGGCGACGAAAUCCGGACUUACAAGCAACGCAUCGCAAAUUUGAUAAAUGAUAAAGUUGAACAAAGCGUUGACAUUAAUUCAUUGUCAUGGACGAAUAUGGAAUUAUGUAAAGCGUUUAGCUUGCAACGAUUAAACAUUCCGUUAUUUAAUUAUUUACGAGAUAAAUUUUCAAUUCCGAUGCCAAGCACCGAUGACGUUCGCAAGUUUGUAAAUAACAUUCAAUUGGUACGUGGUAUCCAGAGUACAAUGUUACAAAUACUUGAUUGUGAUGGUCAAAUUCAUGAAGAUCAUGAAAAAUUGACCAUACUUCAAAUCAGUUACAUUAAAACAGCCGAAAUAUAUGAAUAUGAUGAGCAAAAAGAUCUCAUUUUGGGUCCACACAAAUAUAUGACAUUGAUUAUUGCGCGUGGAUUGUACAAAGACUGGGCACAAGUUGUGUAUUUCAAUUUCGAUACACGUGUUACAAAACAACAACUGAAUGGUGUGAUUGAGGCAUUGCACAAAAUUGACUUUCCCGUCAUUGCACUAUCAAGCAAUUUUGAAGAAGAAAAAUCAGAUAUUUUCGCCGAUUUAUCAAUAAAUUACGGCAAAGGAGUCUUUCCACAUCCCAUUACACAAGAGAAAAUUCAUUGUUUCUAUUAUUUGGAUGAUAUGCUACAAGCGACAAAUGCACACUUCUUCGGUGGCCACUUAACUAUCGAUGACAACCAACAAACCAAGCAGCCGAUCAAUAAACAAGCUGUAAUGCAAGCCAUCCACAAAAAUUACCGUCGCAUUCCAAUUCCGCGUGAAUUGCUUGCAUGGACCGAUAAUGAUAUUAAUAACGUCGACGCAAUUCAUACAUUUUUUUCACAAUUUACAAUCAAUUUGAUGCGAAUUAGUUUGCCAAUUGAUGAUCGAUCUACAAAGAAUGUCACCGAAUUUAUUAGCAUCAUGAAAUCAUAUUCGGAACUAAUGAACCGACCGCAAUGUAUUGAUUCUGAUGUGGAUACAGUUAAUUUUGAUAGAUAUAUGGAUUUUCAAAAUAAGCGACUCGACAAAAUUCAUGCUCGUCUGUUCAAAUUGGACUAUGCGAAUACGACCGAAGGUACACGAAAGAAAUUCCGUGAAGCAAUGAUGAUGUCAAUUGUAUCGUUGAAAAUGUUACGCAAAUCGGUGAUGUCAAAGUAUAAGAAUUCAACAUUCUCAACGGAAGCGAUCACAAAUGAAAUAACACGGACCAAAUUAAAUGACCUGAUCAAUAAGUACAGUUUCAAGCGUGUUAUGCCACCAACACAACUAUUUCGUAUUAUUAAGGAUAUUUUCUUGGGCGAAAAUUGUUCCGUUAAAAUUGAAUCGAAUGUUACAUUCUUUUUCAAUGGUGCUGUCACCGCUGCUGAAGUGAAUGGCCGCAAUGAAACAUUCUAUGUUGCCGCAUUAAUCCAUUGGAUAUGCGAAACAUAUGCAAAAAAAUAUCCAGACUCAAUGGAUAUAAAAGAUCUGAAGCGUAAAUUGAAGAAGGUCGAAGAAACAUUUUGUACCGUACAGAAUCCAAAUUUUCGCGUAUGCGAAAAUGUUGUGAAUAAAAUAACAAAAGAUUUAAUCGAAACGAAUGCAUUCGAUCCAUCAUUGAACGAAUUUAUUCGUUUGUAUAUUAUUCAACGUCAUUUACUUCGUAUAAAAUAUUUCAAUGAAAAUCACAUAAACCGCGUUGCAAUGUCCGUUCAGAUGACCAUUAACCUCGAAGAAUAAUAACUAUAUACGCAUAAAUAAACACCCACACACACACACACACACAUACACACAACUCUACAAAAACAAAACCAUACAACGGUCACUUGAAAAAGAGAAAAAAUAACGUCUUUUUCUUAUGAAACA